UCUCUGGCCGCUGCCUGCGGCGGGGAUCGCCCUCCCCGCACUCCCACGCCUUCAAUUACUGAUGGUGGCGGCCGCCGCCCGCGCCGUGCCUCCGCGCCUCGCCCGCCCGCUCCCCCUCUCUCUAGAGCCCCGGCACUGCCGCAGAGGCUUCACCGCAACGCGAAGCCCACACCGCCACUCCGGUCCGCCCCUCCUCUGGUCUGUCACGCUCGGCGGCUCCUCCGGGAGCGGGAGGCUCCUCGCUCCCCGCCCCGCAGCCGCACGCCGCGAGCAGGAGGCAGGCGGCCGCGGGAGCGCAGGGAGCCGGGAACGCCCGGCCGCGCCGCGGCUCUCCGCCGCCUGCCCCGCCGGUCGGUUGAAUAUUACAGCUUCACAUGUACUUGGGCUUUUUCUACUGAUGUCCAACGCACAACAGAUAGUCUAAACGGUAUUUAGCAGGUCCCUCUGCAGCAUAACGGCAAUCUUUCUUUGAUACAAGAUGGAAGAAACAUACAAAGACAGGACUUCAUUAAUGAAAGGGGCAAAAGAUAUUGCCAAAGAAGUGAAGAAGCAAGCAGUGAAAAAAGUGAAUAAAGCUGUUGACAGAGCUCAGGAUGGCUACACACAGAGGUCCUACAACCGAUUCCAGGAUGAGGAAGAUGAUGAUGAUUACUAUGUCCAAGGAGGAAAUUAUGGUGUAGAAGCUAAUGAUGAUGAAGGAUCAAGUGAAGCAACUGAAGGGCAUGAUGAAGAUGAUGAAAUUUAUGAAGGGGAGUAUCAGGGAAUCCCUAAUAUGGGGCAGGGCAAGGAUGGCAUGGUGGCCUUAGGUCAGCCUAUGCGUGAUGAAUAUAAGGAUCGUCAUGAACUGGAAACAGAGAGGAAAGCUGAUGAAGAAGAGCUAGCACAGCAGUACGAACUGAUAAUACAAGAAUGCGGCCAUGGUCGUUUCCAGUGGGCCCUCUUCUUUGUUUUGGGAAUGGCCUUAAUGGCUGAUGGGGUCGAAGUUUUUGUAGUUGGAUUUGUAUUGCCCAGUGCUGAAACAGACAUGUGUAUACCCAAUUCUGGAUCAGGAUGGCUUGGUAGCAUAGUGUACCUUGGGAUGAUGGUGGGGGCAUUCUUCUGGGGAGGCUUGGCAGACAAGGUGGGAAGGAGACAGUCACUCCUGAUAUGCAUGUCUGUCAAUGGAUUCUUUGCCUUCCUUUCAUCAUUUGUCCAGGGCUAUGGCUUCUUCCUCUUCUGUCGCUUGUUUUCUGGAUUUGGGAUCGGUGGAGCUGUGCCAACAGUCUUCUCCUAUUUUUCGGAAGUGCUUGCUCGGGAGAAACGAGGCGAACACCUGAGUUGGCUCUGUAUGUUUUGGAUGAUUGGCGGCAUCUACGCUUCUGCAAUGGCUUGGGCAAUAAUUCCUCAUUAUGGAUGGAGUUUCAGCAUGGGCUCUGCCUACCAGUUCCACAGCUGGCGAGUAUUUGUGAUCGUCUGCGCACUGCCCUGUGUCUCUUCUGUGGUAGCCCUCACCUUUAUGCCAGAAAGCCCGCGGUUCUUGCUGGAGGUUGGAAAACAUGAUGAAGCUUGGAUGAUACUCAAGCAAAUUCAUGACACAAACAUGCGAGCUCGUGGUCAGCCUGAGAAAGUCUUCACAGUAAACAGAAUCAAAACUCCAAAGCAAAUAGACGAGCUCAUAGAAAUCGAGAGCGAUACAGGAACUUGGUACAGGAGGUGUUUCGUUAGAAUUCGCACAGAGCUAUAUGGUAUUUGGUUGACGUUUAUGAGAUGUUUCAACUAUCCGGUGAAGGAUAAUACGAUCAAACUUACAGCUGUAUGGUUCACCCUGUCUUUUGGCUACUACGGCUUAUCUGUCUGGUUUCCUGAUGUCAUUAAACAUCUGCAGUCAGACGAGUACGCGUCCCGAGUGAAACAUUUCCGCAAUGAGGAGGUUUCACAUUUCGUCUUCAACUUCACACUGGAAAAUCAGAUUCACAGCAAUGGAGAAUACAUCAAUGACAGGUUUAUUAUGAUGAAGUUUAAAUCAGUAACCUUUGAAGAUUCACUUUUUAAGAACUGUGUGUUUGAAGACAUUACUUCACUGAACACAUACUUCAGGAACUGUACUUUCAUCAAUACCACCUUCUACAACACAGAUCUCGAGCAAUAUAAAUUUGUUGACAGCGAAUUGAUAAACUGCACAUUUUUCCACAUCAGGACAGGAUGUCAGAUUUCUUUUGAUGAUGACUACAGUGCCUACUGGAUUUACUUUGUUAAUUUCCUGGGAACAUUGGCAGUGUUACCAGGGAAUAUUGUGUCCGCUCUCCUGAUGGAUAGAAUUGGACGGUUAACGAUGUUAGGUGGUUCCAUGGUUCUCUCUGGCAUCAGCUGUUUUUUCCUGUGGUUUGGGACCAGUGAAUCUAUGAUGAUAGGUAUGCUAUGCCUCUACAACGGCCUCACCAUCUCAGCAUGGAACUCUCUAGACGUCAUUACUGUGGAGCUGUAUCCUACAGACAGAAGGGCAACAGGCUUUGGCUUUUUGAAUGCACUAUGCAAAGCAGCAGCUGUACUUGGAAACUUAAUAUUUGGUUCCCUUGUUGGUAUCACCAAAGCAAUCCCUAUUCUCCUUGCUUCUACUGUUCUAGUGUGUGGAGGUCUGGUAGGACUUCGGCUUCCUGACACAAGAACCCAGGUGUUGAUGUAGCUGGAAAAAGCCAUUUACUAUUUAUUUCCUUCUGUGUACAAAUGUCAACUCUCCUGACCGAUGGUGCAAAGGCUUCAGAUUCUCAACACUUAGUAGAGUGCUCAAAUGUCAGAAAUCAAACUCAAAAGAUACUUUGGAGCGGCAGAGAUUUAGCAACCUCUGUAUGAAAGUUUUAAAUGUCACUUUGGUUUGCUUGCAUACAUUGCUAUUCAAACCCACUUAACUUCAAACUGCAAAGCUACCUCUUAAAACACUUUCGGUCACAUAUCCAGUAAAGUAAAAAACAUACUAAUAAUGAGAUAUUUAAAAUGCAAGCAGUCAUAUUAUUUAAAAAAUACAUGCUAAAUUUGGCCAUGGCAUUGUGAGCUUUUGUAACAGUACAGACAUGCAAGUCAACUACUUCACAGUGUUGGUGCAGAGAAUGUUAAUAUAUCAAUGCAUGCAGCAUUAAUCAGGAAGCUCUGCAGACCACAACAGGACUGAGAAUACUGACCUUCUGCAGCUGUGCUUAGAUGGAAAACUUGUGGCAAUGCCUCUUUCUUGGGAAAUCUUUUUAGGUAGAUUCAGUCUAAAGUAAAGAUUACCAUCUACACCCCUUAUUUGCUGAGGAGAAGGCAACAGCUACUGCAGGGAGAUUAAAAGCCCAUAUGGGUAAGCAGCAAAGAGAAUAACAAAAUAAACUUUCACUCUUUGCUGCUGAUCCUCCAGAAAAAUUUUAUUUUCUUCUCACUUGUGGCAUCUGGAAUAUUUUUGCCAUUUUAAAACAGUGGAUUUGUCUUAAUCCAGGAGUGAAUCAAUACAAAUGUUUAUGUUGUCGUAAAUAUGAAUGAAGGAAGAAUCAGGCCAGUGAACUAUAUGAAAAGGAAGAUGCUUUCAGAAGUGUGUUUGGUAUUUACACUUCUAAUGUAUUUUUCUUUGUCGCAGAUUGGUUAUAAAAAUACAUGGCCAUAGAAUGCCACCUAGUAAAUUUCAUCAGAUCAUACCUUCAAUAUAGAGUAUAAUGUAAUUAAAACAUCUCAAAAGAUUUUUUUAAAUAUCAGAACAAUGAAAAGCAAUAAAAACACCUUCAUUAUUUUCACAGUUUAUACAUUUCUUUAUAUAAUUAUUUUCUCAGCUGAUUUUUAGUAGUUCUAGAGAUAUCUCACCAUUUAACACUUUCAUAUAUCUCUGAAAGGCCAUUAAGAAAGAAGCCAUGGCAAGGCUGCAGGAAGUGGUAAUGCUUUUAUUAGACCAGGAGCAAGGAUGGAGAGUAAAUGGUAGUAAAUAUAUUUCUUCUAAGUGAUAUGCUGUGGACUGUUCUGGAUUUCAGUAAAGAGUUCCCCACCAGUCCUACUGUUGUACAAAAGGCUGUGGGAUCACUUUAAAAUGUUAGCGUUAAAAAUUUAGUACAAAUACAUUUAUAAAAUUAGCAAACAAAAGGGGCAGAUCCUCUGGUGAAAGAAACUGGCAUUGCUUUCAGUGCAGCUAAGAAAACUUGUAUCAGCUGAUGAACUAUCUGCAGUUUCAAGUUUCAAAGAACAAAUUUGGUAUAAAACAUAAGGAAAAAUUUAUCAGUAUUUUUUCUAAUUAUGUCUGACAACAUUUAUUAGGUGGUUGAAUCAUUGCCAAAGAAAUUAGGCUCUCAGAUAAGGUCAUUGUGUAGUAAGACAGAUUUUUUUUUUCAUUAAUUUUUCUUUUGCUUGUAUAUGUCAACUUAGCUUUGGGUAGUAAUAUCCAUCACUUCAUUCUGUGUCAGUCAUUGUCUUAGUCAUAUUCAAAGAGUCAGUAAAAGUCCACCUAAGAAGAUAAUUCAUUACAUUUAAAGUUCACUGUUUAAUUUACUGAUCCUAGAAGUUACAUUUUUCAGUUACUAACAAAUGCCUACGAUACACAUUGUAGCACCAAAAUGUUAGCACAAGAUGUGUUUUUCUGCUAGUAAUAAAUGGGAAAAGUGGCUGAAUUUAAAAAGCAUGAGUAUGGAAAACUAGUGGACAUUUUUCUGAUGUUGAUAAUUUAAAUAUAAUACAGUAAGAAACAAAGUUUAAGAAGUAUGUUUAUUUUGGAAUAUAAACAGUCAAGAUAUUUGAGAUGAAAUAUUUUAUAUUUAAAUCUGACUUAAACAUGUUUUUUAAAUUUCUAAACUAUGUUUAAAAAAAAAGGAGGAAGAAUUAUUUUUCACCAAGUUCCAGGUUAAGAACAAAAUACCGGCAUUAGUUUUGCAUCUGUGGCUUUUGUCCACUAGUGAUAGGCUUAGUAUUCUUUCAAGGCUGUUUUCUCCAAUAAGAAUUAUAUUUGAGCCUUGUUUCUCUGUGCCAUUCAUUAGCAGCAUGUGUCCACCUCCUUGUACUUACUGCACAACUUAUUUUGAAAUCUGAAGCCUCUGUACGUGUUUGGAGUAAACAUCAACAGCAAUGGGAAAAUAUUACAUUGUCUUGCUAUGCACUGUCCGCUUGAAGUAUAUUCUGUCCAACUCUGUAUGUAAUUCCAAAGAACAUCCAGAUCCAACACAUCAUGCCACCUGACCAGUGUGGAGGAAAUGAGCCACAGAAAAAUAAGGUUCAACUUUUGAGGGCUACGGGUCAAGGUUAACACACUAAAAGCUCAUUACACGUAAAAUUAUGCUGAUUUCAAUGUGGGUUAUUAUUGUAAAUCUUGACUAUGUCAUAAGUAUGUGAUUAAGUCUGGAUGAAGUGGAAUAUAGCAACAGGAAUUAAUAAAGGUGAACAAAAUUCCCAACUACAUGAACCUUGCAUGGUCCAGAGUUAGAGUGAAUGUUCUAAGGUAGGAGAAGGAAAAAAGAAUUAUAGUGGGAAGGAAAGCGGGGACACAUAAAUGGAAGAGAUGAACAAAGAAAAAAUCCACUAACAUUGCCAACAUAUUGAACAAAACCUAAAGCUAGAAUUUCCCUAGCUGGUGAGCCAGUUGGCUCAACAGAUUUGAACUAAUGCACAAGCCAGCAUUAAAACUGUUUGAACAAUCAAUUUUGGGGGCUUAAAUGCAGUAAAGAUUUAUCUCAUAAAGACAAAAGAAAUUAAUGCAAUUUCAGGCUAUAAAUACUUGGUUAGAUAGGUACAAUCCACAGGCUGGAACAGAAACAAUCUGUGGCGCUCUGGACACAAACGUUACUUAUGUUAUAAGCAAAAGUGAUUUGAUUGGUCUUUAGUGAGUCUGUCUUUUUUUGCAGCUUCCAAAGCAAUCUCAGGUAACAAAUAUUGGGCAGUAGGAAUUGUACUUCCUUUCUGUCUAUGUUCACUUAUAUCUCACAUAAAGAAUCACUUAGUGGCCUGGUUAGAUCCCUGAUACACCACAGAGAACCGAACUUGAUAGCAUUUGUGUAUCAGAACUUUCAAACAUAUAAUCAAAACUG